AUGUCGAAAGAAACAGCGUCUAUGAGAGAAAUACAACACAACCGACAACUCAUUGUACAAGCUCUAAAUAAGAACACAACAAACUUUUCAAACUAUUCUAAGAUAUCUGAGUCAUUGAAAGAAGGAAACUUAAAACUGACAAUGAACCCAAUGACAGAUGAGUUUCUGUUUCAAGACAAUAGGAACCAUACUGUCUGUAUAAAUCCAACAAAAGGAACUUUAAACGAGAAACCUAUAGAUGAACUUCUUUUGAAAGCAGAUAUUGACAACAAAGCUGACAAAGAGUAUGUCAUUGAAAAAGUUCAAGAAGAACAUGACAGAGCAGAUGCAACAUAUGCAACGAAAGAGGAUGUUGAAAAGAAAGCUGACAAAACAUAUGUUAACGAUGAGUUAGCAUGUGUGGCUAGUGCGUUAGUGAAGAAGGCAGAUAAGGAAUAUGUGGAUGAAAAAGGUAAUGAAAUUAAAGAAAGGGUUGAAUGGUACCAUGAACGGACAUCAAAUAUUUUAAAAGGUAAAGCUGAUACAGGAUGGGUUUCGGGAUGUUUAGACCUUAAAGCGGAUAAAACAUAUGUUAACGAUGAGUUAGAGAAGAAAGCAAAUAAGACUCAUACACAUACAAGUUUUACAACUUUUACAGCAGAUGAUAUUACACUAAACACAACCUUGCCAAGUAAAGCUCCAACAAUACCACCGGCAACAAGUCUUGUAGAUACUUUGAUAUCUAAUGACAAUAGUAUUAUACAUCUAAGACAGGAACUCAAUGUGCUUAAACAAAUUUUGCCGAAUCUUAUUUACCCGGUUGGCUCUAUUUACACGUCAAUGAACUCUACCAGACCAGAAGUAGUACUUGGUUUUGGAACUUGGACUCAAAUAGUCGACAGGUUUUUGUAUUGUGCAAACUCUUCAAAGGAAACAGGUGGAAGUAAAACGAUUUCAGGUGCAAAUUUACCUGCGCACAGUCACUACAUAGAUUUAAGUACAACUAACGCAGGUUGGCAUAGUCAUAGAUAUUGGGAUUGGUCAUCAAUGACAAAAGGUAAAGGAUAUGAUGUUAAAAACAACGUUAAGUUUGCUAUAGAUUGUUACUGGAGUAACACUGAGGGAGGAGGAAACCAUAUACAUCGCGUUUCAGGGUAUACGCAAACAACGGGACAAAGUAAAGACUACAUGCCACCUUACAUGACAGUUUACGCAUGGUAUAGAAAUGCUUAG